AUGAACCGCAGCAAUAACGGUAAUACACAUGCAGAUGAUAACAAGAAGGCAAAAUCAAUCGGUAAUAUAUCGAGUCCAGGAUCCGUACCCUAUCGUCCAUCUACAUUGGCAAUAGCAACAACAGCAGCAGCAAAUGAUAAUAACAAGGUUUAUCGUCGUUUUAAUAAUUUGGAUGAUAUUGCAUUCACACCUUCACCUGUUAGUAUAUUACCUCACAUAUUUCGGCCAGGUAGUAUAAUUGAUGCAGCAAAGUUUGAAGAAAUUAAAACGGAUGUUAUGAAUAAAUCCGUUGUUAUACCGAAAGAAAAUAAAAAGGAAGAAAUAGCUGUGACAAAUUACGAUGACAUGGAUACAAAAGAACAAGAAGAUGAAGGAAGAAACUUGAAUGAAAUAUUGAAUGAGGCAAGAGAUAAAGAAAUUGAACACCUUUCUCAAGUUAUUCUUACUCAACAGUUUAUGAUUGAUGAUGAUGAUAUAGCAGCACAAUUUAUUCUUCAACAAUUGGAUCUUGUGUUAGAUACAACGGAAGAAAUGCUACCAAUCGAUAACAAUCAAAUGGAUAAUAAUGAUAAUAGUCGACAAGAUCAAUCUAGUAUUUCUUCGAAUCCACCCUCAAAGGACGUGGUAUUGAAAUCAUCUUCAAUGAGAACGGCAGAACAACAGCAGCAGCAGCAACAACAACGUCCAUAUCCACCCAUAAAUCAAACAGGUCCUGUCAAUGAUCAUGAUCGUCCAUAUGCUGAAUAUGGUCAUCUUAGUCGAGAUACAAUUGCACAAGAAUUGAAUUUUAACCUUCAAGCAACCCCAACAGCAGCUAUCCCGCGACUACAUGCAAAGUCAUUUGCUAUUACAGCCAUGACUGAUGUAUCAAAAGAAACUGUUAUGAAUUAUAUUAAAGCAGAAUUCGGUAUUAACAAUAUUCAAUAUAUUUGUAUUAGUGAAGAAUUAAGUGAAUUAAAUCAUCGACGACAUUUACACGUACAAAUUAUCUUUAAAGCUAUUAUUGAUAGACGUAAACCAUUUCUCGAUGAUAUCACUCAAACACAUUGUAAUUAUCAAGUGACACGAAGUGAUCUUGCUUGGAAUGAGUAUAUUAAGAAAGGUGAUAAUUUUAUUGAAUUUAAUGAAUUCAAAUCAACAAAAACACGGGGUAUAUCACCAAGACAAUGGCCAUUAUCUUCGUCAACAGAAUCGUCUUUACGAUCUGAUGAUAUGGCUGCAAGCAGCGGAGGAGGAGGAGGAGGAGGAGGAGAACGACGACGAAGACCAGUACCAACAAUUACAACAACAACAACAACAACAACAAGUGUACGAAGACAGGCGGAAGAAAAGCGUCAACAUUUAAUAGCAACAUAUGAACAAGCAGUUAAAUUAGCAAGAACAAAUGUCGAUCAUGCAAUGACAUUUAUUGAAAAACAAAUGAUUGAUAAAUUUCUUGAACGUGGUACUUGGUAUUUAUCCAUGUUCAACUAUGUUUAUCUACGAGAACAACGUGAAGCAGAUCGACGGAAUGAAAUUCAUAAAGAUUACAUAUGGCCUCAUUCAUUUCCAGAUUGUACACCGGGGCUUUACGAUGCAGUGAAUCGUUGGAUUCGAGAAGAAUUCCAUCGGACAUCACGUGCAAAAUGUCUUAUUUUGAUUGGAUCUACUGGUACAGGAAAAACGUCCUUUGCAAUGUCAUUGCCUGGCCGUGUCAAUUAUUUUCAAGAACGAUGGAAUUUAGAUGCGUGGAAUAACUAUGCACGUUAUUCUGUUUAUGAUGAUGUACCCUGGGAUGACUUUGGAAAACUAAAUUUUCCAAACAAGAAAAAUUUACUAACACAAAAAAAGUAUGAAAUACAUGCUACUGAUAAAUAUCGAGGUGCAAAAAAACUUGUUGUUCGACAACCAGCCAUUGUCUUAUUGAACCCUGAAGAUGCCGGAUCAUUACUAAAGGAACCAAUCACUGAUCAAGAAAAAAGCAUGGCAGAAUAUUGGAAAGAAAGAGCAUUUAUUUAUAUCAUGGGUACUGAUGAAUACUUUUACAAGAAAGGUCGCCAAACUAGAACGGCUACCUCUCAGGGCAAUACCCAGAGACCAUCAUCGAAUCAAUCAUUAACCUCCCCUUCUUCAAGUCAAAAUUCUAUACUUAAAAAUGAUGAAUGGGAAAAAAUGUACCAAAACUAUCAACAACAAGAAAAGAAAAGAAAACAAUGA